CACAGUUGGGCACAUCAUUCACUUAUUUUAACGAUUAAAUUUUUUUUAAUAGGAAAUAAUAUAUUUUAAUGGGUUUAACGGUUAUAUUACCGUUCCCAAACCCACAGUCGACCCUAUUCAUAAGAACCCUAAUUUCUCUUCUUCCUCACCUUCAAUCAGCCCCAAACGUUGCUCCAUUCGUGAACCUUCAAUCAACCCAAAUCUUUGUUCCAUAUAUAAAAUUUUAGUUGCUCAAACCUAAAUUUAAGUUUUUGAAGGGAUAAUAGUGACUGAAUUUUGAAAUUUCCAGCACAAUGCGAUCAGUUCAUUUGACAAAGCUUUGUAUCGAAUAGAAUUGAUCCUGCUUUGAAGGAAGAAGUUCGCUGCAAUCAUAGGUUUGUGGUGCCUAUGAAAACAUCUUGGACUAUAAGAAAUCCCAGUAGAAGAUAUUGGUGUCCAAGAUCCUGCGACUUUUAUUCAUGGAAGGAUAAGGAAAGCACUGAUCCGAGGUCCAAAUCUGUGAUUCCCAAACUGAUUGACAAAAUUGGUAAGCUUGAGCAUUUGGUGGAAUCUUCUCAGCAUAUUGAGCAGUAUACAUCCACCAAUAAAGAUGAUAAAUUGGUUGAGAUUGAGGAAGCUUCUAAAGAAGUUGACAAGCCUAAAGCUUCCAACCAAGGUGACACUUGUAUGGAGAUGCAAUUAGAGAAGUUGGAAGGAGAGAUUGAGAAGAUGAAAGAAAGGGAGAAGAAGUGGAAGAGCAAGAUGGUUAAACAAAGGAGUAGGGAGAAUGUAUUCCUUUGUGUUAUGUUUUGUUGUUGUGUUGUAGCUAUACCUAUAAGCUAUUGGUUUGCGGUCAUCUAUAUGAAGAAAGGUUCAAUGAAAUUGCCUUAGGUUCAUGUUAUUAGAUGAUAUCUAGUUCUUGUAAUAUUUUAUUAGUGUAUCUUUUGUAAUCUAUUUUGCCUUGCCUCCUUUGUAAUCUACCUUGGCUUGGUGUAUGUACUGUUAUUAAAUAUC